GUGUGCGCUUUUACCAGCGCAUGCGCACUCUGUUAAAGAAGCCAAGACUUUGUGCUUCCUAUGAGUGGUUCUGAAUCUGGCCAUGGAUCCAAGUGCUGCCAAAGGAGAAAAAAACACACUCUCCGAGACCACGAGGGCAAAGAUUGAGAGGAACCGCCAGCGGGCUUUGAUGCUCAGGCAAGCUAGACUGGCGAACUGGCCCUACCCUUCUCCUGGCGAAGGCAGUUCAAAAGUUAAAGCACCUCCAAAGACAAUAGAUACAGGAGGAGGGUUUUUUCUGGAGGAGGAGGAAGAAGAGAAAAACCGACACCAGACUGAGAAAAUUGUGCAUCCCCCUGGGCCGGUAUUAGAAUUUGAUUAUCUAAUCUGCGAAGAAUGUGGGAAGGAAUUCAUGGACUCCUAUCUCAUGAACCAUUUUGACGUGGCAACAUGUGAUAAUUGCAGAGAUGUUGAAAACAAACAUAAACUCUUAACAAGGACUGAAGCAAAGCAAGAGUAUCUUCUGAAAGACUGUGAUUUGGACAAGAGAGAACCAAUGCUUAGAUUCAUUCUGAAGAAAAAUCCUCAUAAUCCACACUGGGGUGAUAUGAAACUUUAUUUAAAACUACAGGUAAUUAAGCGCUCCCUUGAAGUUUGGGGUAGUGAGGAAGCACUAGAAGAAGCUAAAGAAAACCGCCAAGAUAACAGAGAGAAGAUGAAACAGAAAAAAAUUGAUAAAAAAGUUAAAGAAUUACGGCGAGCUGUAAGAAGUAGUUUAUGGAAGAAAGACACAAGUAUCCACCAACAUGACUAUGGAACUGAAGAAAUGAUAGAUGAUGAUACGUACAGAAAGAUCUGCAGCACAUGUGGUCAUGAAUUAACCUAUGAAAAGAUGUAGAACGAUUUGGAUUUACAUUUGAUGCAUUUUUGUAUUCAAGUGUUUAUAUAAUUGAUAUGGCAUAUCAUAUAAUUGAUAUAGCAUAUUCUUUCUGGCCUACUUUGCAUAGCCUAACCAUUAUCCAGAAAUAAGAACUGAAAAUCUGGUAGAAAAGAGGCAUAAUAAUAAUCCUUUUAUAAAAAUGUUACAUUUAUUGAAUAAUAAAAAUAUUUAACUGUAUAUUUACACAGUUAAAUGCUUAUCUGUUA